AUGAAGGAAGAUGGCAAUUGGCAUCCAGAAGAGGGUCAGAGUGGAAACAAUUCAAAUGACGAUGAAUCUCCAGAUAUUUCUAAAUGGGAAUCAAUAAUAUGGCUUUCCGUUAUGACUGCUUGGAUAUCAAUCCUGUCAGAAUAUUUGGUUGGCGCUAUAGAGGGAGCAUCUACUGCAUGGGAAAUUCCAGUAGCAUUUAUUAGUGUUAUAUUGCUUCCACUAGUGGGUAAUGCAGCUGAGCAUGCCAGUGCUAUAAUGUUUGCCAUGAAAGAUAAACUUGACAUUUCCUUAGGGGUUGCAAUAGGGUCAUCCACGCAGAUAUCUAUGUUUGUGAUACCAUUUUGUGUUGUUAUUGGCUGGAUAACCGGGCACCCUAUGGACUUAAACUUUCAACUUUUUGAAACGGCAGCACUAUUUCUUACUGUUGUAGUGGUAGCCUUCAUGUUACAGGAAGGAACUGCAAAUUACUUCAAAGGACUAAUGCUUAUUCUUUGCUAUCUGAUUGUGGCAGCCAGUUUUUAUGUACAUAUAGAUUCCUCUGAAUAG